GUGCCCCGGCUUCGGCCGAGGAGGAAGUUCGGUGUGGUGCCCUGGAUUCGGAGGAGGAGGAAGAAGAUGAACAAGGACAAGAUCUUCAAGCUCGCCAAGGGGUUCAGGGGAAGAGCGAAGAACUGCAUACGCAUAGCGAGGGAGAGGGUAGAAAAGGCCCUGCAGUACUCCUACAGAGAUCGUAGGAACAAGAAGAGGGACAUGAGGUCCCUCUGGAUUGAGAGAAUCAACGCCGGCACCCGCUUGCACGGGGUUAAUUAUAGCACUUUCAUCCAUGGAUUGAUUAAGGAGAACAUCCAGCUAAACAGAAAAGUGUUAUCUGAACUAUCAAUGCACGAGCCAUACAGCUUUAAGGCGCUCGUAGACAUCUCUCGAAAUGCAUUUCCUGGAAACAAGCUCCCCAAGAAAGUAGGCGUGGAAGCAUGAUUUUCCUGUGCCAGCUUUCACAAGGUCUGACCAAUAAUUGGUCCUGGUGGAACACGUAUCCUGCUUUUCUUUUCAACUUGUUUCUUCAAGGCUGUUGUUGAAGCUAGAGAAUGUUUUCAGUUUUGUAGAGUAUUGCAUUUUCAAUCUACCAGCAUGUUGAAACCAUUCUGAUAUAUGUUGAGUCAACCGCUUAUUUUCUCCA